CCUCCCUCACUGCUUUCGUAUUUUUCUUUGUGAACUGCUGCUGUUCAUUAUUCACGAGAAAACAGAACUGAUAAAAAGAGUUUAUGUUAUCAUUUGGCGGGUUAAAAUAACGUGAAGAAAGAAGGUUCAGAUUUCAGAUUGCGUUAUAAAAAUACACUUAAACGUUCAUACGAAACUACGGGUUGGGAGCAGGUGUAGAUGUAAGAACUUUUCAGCGGGACACCCUCUACGAGUAGCAUUUUGUUGUGGUUAUAAAAUUAUGUGGCGAAACAUUGAGAAGAAAACUGACGAGAUGGAAGAAACCUCACCAUUUCUUAAUCCAACAAUAUAUAAAACCGCCAGAAUGAAAUCUCAACCCGUCAGGACUAUUCAAACUUUCGACGAAAAGCGAGGAAGAUACACUUUACUCAAAAUUGAAUCGCCGUGGAAUGACUUGAUUACCCAGAACACUGAAAAAUCACCUCGAUUAAUCAAACCGCGUAAAUCUUUUGAAGAUAUUAAAAGAGAUGUAGCAAACAAGGAGGAAUUUACUAAAAAACAAGUCGCGAAUAUUAUGACCAAACGAGACAAACGAUCCAUAGCUGUUAUCUUGAUAGGAGUGCUUAUCGAGUCAGAAAUGCCGUUAUAUUUUUAUGAAAGUUUGGAAAAGUCCCAGCACCUCAGAAGAAUUUUAAACAGUUUUAUAAAAAACUCGAAAUCUGCUGAAACUUUAUUGAAUGACCUGGUACACGCUAGUUGAAGGAUAAUACACACAAUUUGAUGUUUAUGGUUCAAAAAUUUCCGAUAAGUUUAAAGUUCAGUUACGUUGAAAUGCUUUUUGGCGCCAAAAGUGAAGGUGGGAAAAAGGUCUACUAAAUUAUUAUAUUUCUAGAAAGACUGAUGGGAAAUCUAAAUAAUCGAAAGAUGAAUAUCACAUAUGAAGAAUUUCAAAAUAUAGAAAACUGAAAGUAUAUAAUUUUGGAUAAAAAAGUCAACAAUUGAGAAGGGGUCCCUUAGAAAAAAGACUAAUAUUUAAGAACUGGAGUUCACAAUCAACAACAACAACAACAAAUUGUGACGAAUUAAUCAAAUAUUUUAAUAACUGUAC